CUCGCACACUCGCGCGGCGCCCAUUGGGCGUCCCCGCCGCACGCCCGAGGAGCGAGCGAGGGCUCGCGCUCCUUCGGCCCCGCCCCCAGCGGCGCGCGCCCCUACGGCGGCCAGGGGGCGGGGGACGCGGGCAAAGCCGGUAAUGGAGGCCCUGCGGAGGGCCCAUGAGGCCGUGCUCUGGCUGCUGCUGUGCCGGCCCUGGGCCUUGGGCGCCGCCUCCCGCCCGAAGCCCCGCGCCUCGGAGGUGCUGACGCGCCACCUGCUGCAGCGGCGCUUGCCGCACUGGACCUCCUUCUGCGUGCCCUACAGCGCCGUCCGCAACGACCAGUUCGGCCUCUCGCACUUCAACUGGCCCGUGCAGGGCGCCAACUACCACGUCCUGCGCACCGGCUGCUUCCCCUUCAUCAAGUACCACUGCUCCAAGGCCCCCUGGCACGACCUGGCCCGGCAGGACCGGUUCUUCACGGCGCUCAAGGUUAUCAACCUCGCUGCUCCCUCUACUCUUCACUCGCUUCUGCCUGCCCUGUUCUCGUUCUCUUGUCCACUCCCCCACUCCACGCCACUACUUGCCUUUUUUUUUUUUUUUUUUUUUGCGGUACGCGGGCCUCUCACUGCUGUGGCCUCUCCCGUUGCGGGGCACACGCUCCGGACGCGCAGGCUCAAUGGCCGUGGCUCACGGGCCCAGCCGCUCCGCGGCAUGUGGGAUCUUCCCGGACCGGGACACGAACCCGUGUCCUCUGCAUCGGCAGGCGGACUCUCAACCACUGCGCCACCAGGGAAGCCCUACUUGCCUUUUUAUUUCCUUUUGGUUGAAUGAUUUAUAAAUAGCUUUAUGAUGCUAGUUUUUGUGAAUUUUUUGUGACGUUCCCUUGAGGCAUUUAGAGAUUUGGGGGGAGGUAUUACCAAGGCAAAGAAGGCAAUAUACUGUGAAAAGUUGCAUAGGAAUUCCAGGGAACCCUGUGAAAGUAACAAGCUGUGACCCAGUAUAUUCCUAAAAAUAGGCGCCAGUCUGAAUGGGCAUUUUUGCCUCUCUCAUUGCCAACUAGUGAUGCUUCUCCUGAUUAAUCUCUGGCAUCACAGUGGCUGGAAUGCAGCUUCAGCGAAUAAGCACAAAGUAGUCCAAUGAACUUAUACACUCAAAAAGAACAUAACACAGCAAAUAUACUCUUGCAGAAAAAUAAGAAAAAAAUUUAACAAUAUGAUUAGUCCUGAGCAUGUGUUGAUUUCCCUCUUAUCUAGAAAGAAAAUGAUUUUCCAGUUGCACAGCUCUCCUUUAAAAUUGUUAUUUUCUGUCCAGCUCAUACCCAGGAACAAUAAUAUUUGUGCAGACUAUACAAUAUUUGUUAUUGAUUCAUGUGCCUGUGGUUUUAUACAUAUGUUUUUUAAUAUGUUAAUAAUAGUCAUGGAUUAAAUAAGUGUCUUACAAAAAAAUAGGAAUUGUGAAAGUUUGCUUUGUGUCCAGUUUAGUGUCAUGUGCAUAUGAGUGCUUAAUCCAUAUCUCUGGCUAGUAUAUAUUUAGUUUCAUGUAUCACAAAUGGCAACUAAUCACAAAUGGAAAUAUUCCAAAGAAGAAAUAUAUUAUUGCAGUCUAUUAUGUACCUAUUUCAAAUAGGUUGAAGCAAGAUUUUCAAAUCAGUUGUAAAAAUAUUAAUGGGAUUGUUUCUUUCUCAUGUUUGUUAUUAUACUAAAAUCUUCCUUACAGUUAGGUUUUGCCUUAGAUUUUGAAGACAGCUUUUUGACCCAGUUUCUUUUAAGUUGUACAAGAAAUUAUUUUAGCCAUCGGUAUUACUGUCCAACUUAAAAGCACAAUAAAGAUGACCUAGUAAUUUAAGCUCAAGGCCAAUCAUCAGGAGCAUCUACAACUAAAUUAAUGACACUUCUCUGUUUGCUUAUUUGUGAAAAGAAUAUAGAAUUACUUCAUAAUUAUUUGGAGGUAAUGAAUUAAUGUUUGUAAAGUACUUUGAAUUACAGUUUACAUCAGCUUUAUCUAUAGUUUUUUAAAUCUCUAGGCUUACACAAUUGUUACUAUGUUCCACAAACAUAGAUGAAAUUGACCUUUUAGAUUGAGUCAGUGUAUACUCAUUUUUGUAACUUUAUAAUUUCUUGAUGUUGCUGAAGAGUGCUAUGUGAUUUAUACCAUGACAAAUAUAUGAGUACAUGAUUAAUAGGUAUUGAUUUCACAAGUAACAUUCAUUUGUUUUCUAGGUAUUCCAACUUUAUUAUAUGGACUUGGCUCCUGGUUAUUUGCUAGAGUCACAGAGACUGUGCACACCAGUUAUGGACCAAUAACAGUUUAUUUUCUAAAUAAAGAAGAUGAAGGUGCCAUGUACUGAAAGUAUGCACUGGAGGAUGAAAAUAUCAGUAGAUUUUCUCAUGUGUAUGUGCAAUAUUUAUUUUUGAUCCUUUAAAAUAAAACUUUGCAAACACCUU